AAGGCUGUUUCUUUUUGUCCACUAUUUUGUUUAUGUAAUCUUCAGUUGAGGUUUACAGUAUGUGCCUUUUUAUUCGAUUGGUCUGUACUCAGAACUGGAAUGUUCAAAUCUGUAGGAAGGUGUGGGAUAUAGGAAGCUGCACAACAGGAACUCAGGAUCUGAAGAAGCCUUAUCAGGCUUCAAGAUGAACAACAAGGAGACAACUACGGAGCUGUCUGAAAAUAACAACCAUGUCAAAGUUUUCUUGCCGAAUAAACUGCUGGAAUGUUUACCAAAAUGUACUUUUCUGCCCAAGGAGCGCCUGCGGUGGAACACCAAUGAGGAAAUUGCUUCAUAUCUUAUUACUUUUGAAAAGCAUGAGGAGUGGUUGUCAUUGUCCCUAAAAACAAGACCACAAAAUGGCUCAAUUGUCCUGUACAAUAGAAAGAAAGUGAAGUACCGCAAGGAUGGUUAUUGUUGGAAAAAACGUAAAGAUGGGAAGACUACCCGAGAGGAUCAUAUGAAAUUAAAGGUGCAAGGCAUGGAGUGCCUUUAUGGCUGCUAUGUACACUCGUCUAUUGUUCCAACAUUCCACCGUAGAUGCUAUUGGCUUCUGCAGAACCCAGACAUUGUGUUGGUCCACUACCUCAAUGUGCCGGCCAUCGAGGACUGUGGAAAAAUCUGUGGACCCAUCCUCUGCUCUAUUAACAGUGAUCGCAAAGAAUGGCAGAAGUGGUCUAAAGAAGAGCUUAUUGCACAGUUAAAACCGAUGUUUCAUGGAGUAAAAUGGACAUGCAGUAAUGGUAACGGCACAACUGAAUUUUCUAUUGAACAGUUAGUCCAGCAGAUCUUAGAAAGCCACCAGGCUAAACCACAGCCUCGAACACAUGCCUGUCUCUGCAGUGGGGGACUGGGAACAACCAGUAAUAUUCCACACAAAUGCAACAGCACAAAGCAUCGUAUCAUUUCUCCGAAAGUGGAGGUGCGCUCAUGCCCCUAUCCAGCCUUAACUGAAGUACAGAACUUGUCUGCAUCAGAGCCUAAACUAGACUCUGAGCAGGACAAUAGAACCAGUGGAAAUGGCAUAGGAAGAGGAAUGGAAAGAAAAGAAUCAAACCAGACAAUGUCACAAGGGGAAAAGGGGAAACUGGAAGUACAGGUUAGCCCAGUAGAAGCCUCUCCUUUUUCGUCUAGCCAGUCAUCUGCCUCUUCUGACGGUCUAGACUCUAAUCAGACUUCUCCAGCAGGUGCACUGAGCAGUACUUACUUUGGAGACCAGCGUGUCUCAGCAGUUGCCAGUUUGCCUGUGGCCACAGUGACUUGUGGUUUGCCUCAGAAUGCUGUUAUAGUAAUGACCACUGGACUGACAACAGCAGCAGACAAGGCUACAGUUGCACUAACCCCUAGUCAGCAACUAAUAGCAACUGAAACUGAUACUACAUUGCCAAGCAUCAGUUCCCACCACCAUUCUAGUAUCCAGCUGACUUCACACAGCGAUGUAUCCCUGGUCUCCAGUGCCAACGAUUCAGUUGGUCUGGCAUUGGUUCCUGUUUCUGAUGGGGGUUUGAUGCUUUCAGAAUCUUUAGAUGCCAGCAUGGACACAACAGAGACCAGUCACACACUCUCUGUAACUGCAGACUUUGAUCCAGAUUCAUUUCUUAAUAGCCCUAAACAAGGGCAGACAUAUGGUGGUGCUGCUAACCAGGACUCACUUUCUGUGAGUUUUAGUUCACCUUCAUCCAUCUGUUCAUCUGAAACAGGAAAUGGGGAAAAUGAAAAGAUUAUUCAACCUUCUUCAUGUCCAGAAGUGACUAGUGCAGCAUCUCAUAUUUCAUUGGUAUCCUCAACAGCUUCAGUUAAUACCCUACCAAUUUCCCUUCUCCCUGCAGCUACAGCUCAAACAUUUUCUCACACUCUUGGAGUAGGGCCAACAGUUGCAAGCUUGGUGGGGUCCUCAAGUGCUCUUCCUGACAAAAUGGACUGCAGCAACACAAAUUCAGAUAACAGUGGCCAAGAUAUUCCAGUUUCUUCUGUCUUUCAGCAGAACCAAGGAAACUGCUUCUUUAUUCAAGAUAAUGCAUGUGAUGAGAAAAUGAAUUCCUCUCGGUCAAGAAAAAGAAACUCCACUACAAGCAAAAUUAAAGUAAAAACUGAAUCUCGAGUUCAAAAUGUAGGAGCUAUGAAGGAGGAGAAGCUAUCUCCAGGACAGAAGCCUUUGUCAGUCUGUGAUAUAAACCCUGAAGUAGAAACUCCAAUGGACACCAACGUAGACCUAGAGAAGCAUCAAGUGGAGGAUUUGCCUGCAGAGGAAGCAGUAGUACAGGUUAAAGUUGAAGGACUGGAAGUGAUUGUGGAAUCUGGAACAAGCAAUCAAGUUACAGAGAUUACAGAUAUACAGGGUGGCAACAUGUCAGAUCUGUACACAAUCAUACAAAAGAACUUGGGUCCUACAGUGCAGCCUUUGACAUCUAGUGGAACUGAUGUGGGUUUGGGGCUUAAUCUCAUGGAACACUUGGAAAUUUCAUUUGACAGUCAACUCCCUGAUCUCAUUUCAGAGUUUAUUGCUGAAGAUGAAGGUGGGAGUGGGACUGGAAGUGCCUUCCAGUUUUCUUCAUGUACUUCUGCUCCCUCUGUUCCAGUAGGCCAGCUACAAAUUGUUCAGGUGUCAGCUAGCUCUCAUCCACAGUCCUUUCAUAUUUCUCCAACAUCUUGCACAACCUCAACUGCACCCCUUACUUUGCCAGAGUCAAUUCCUCAGUCAGUAGCAGCAUGUGUUACAACAGCUAGUUUCACUAAGGUGGUCCCAAGCUUGGCUCCUGUAAGCCAUUUUAUCAACCAUAUCCAUCCUCAGCACCUGCAACAGAUUUCCUCGUCUUCAUUUCAUCCCUACUCUGAGCUGACAACUGUGGCAUCAGCAUCUUCAGCUUCCAGAAUGGAGGCACAACAGUUGGUGAACAUUACUGACUUCUCUCCGGAAUGGUCCUACCCAGAGGGAGGAGUAAAAGUGCUAAUUACAGGUCCCUGGAUUGAUGGUAGUGAUCUUUACUCUUGUAUCUUUGAUCAGAUCACUGUCCCUGCGUCCCUGAUUCAGUCAGGUGUGCUUCGAUGUUAUUGCCCAGCACAUGAAGCAGGUUUGGUGGCACUACAGGUGGCCUUGGAGAAUCAAGUAAUCUCUGCAUCUGUGUUAUUUGAGUAUCGAGCACGCAACUCAAUGGUGUUGCCCAGUACACAGAUGGACUGGUUGUCCCUGGAUGAUAACCAGUUCAGGAUGUCAAUCCUGGAGCGACUUGAACAGAUGGAAAAACGCAUGGCUGAGAUGACAGCAUCUAACCAGCAUCAGAAUCUAAGCACAAGUACACAGCAGACCUCACGUACAACUCAACAGCAGAAACAUAUGGUUGGAGAGAAGACACCUAGUCAGGUGUCUGCUGAUUUUGAAGAGCGAAUUAUGGCAGUCUGUGAGAAGAUGAUGUCACGGUCAUGCUGGUUGCGCUCAGAGCACCUUGUACAUGAGAUGAGCUUUAGAGGAAUGACUCUUCUUCAUUUGGCAGCUGCACAGGGUUACGGACGUCUCAUUGAAACACUCAUCCACUGGAGGAAUGUAAAUUCACAAAAUCUUGACCUAGAACAAGAAGUGGACCCCUUGAAUGUUGAUCAUUUCUCCUGUACUCCGCUGAUGUGGGCAUGUGCUCUUGGGCAUCUGGAGGCAGCUGUAAUUCUGUAUCAGUGGAACAGUCAAGCUCUCGCUAUACCAGACUCCUUAGGUCGCCUGCCUCUAAAUGUGGCUCGGUCCAGGGGCCAUGUGAGGUUGGCCACUUGUCUUGAGGAAAUGCAGCAGCAGCAGCAGCAAGAGUCCCGUGAGGCUGACUGGAGAAAACCACCACUUCAGGAUACCUGGCAAGAUGGUGAGCGAGGUAACACCUCUGGAAUGGAGCGGGGCUGGCUGAGUUGGGCAGGACGAACACCUGAGGCACCUCAGAUACCAUCACCACUUUCUACCAGUCCAGAUACAGGUCUGAGUACUUCAAGCAGCCUUCCAUCUCCCUCAGAUAUUUCAGAAGCUUCACUUUCAUUGACAUCUGCCUAUUCUAGCGGAUCUUUGCCUAGGGAGUCUCCUGCUUAUAGUCCUGAUUCAGACACACAGCAAGAAAUUGCUAUGGACAUCUCUGAACCUCAGGUACGAGGAAGCAGAGGGCUUGCUCAGUUGACCAUGGAGAACAUUGGCCCCUCUGUACAGCAUCCUUCCCUCCCUUCCUGGUACCUGCAGGAAGAACAAGCUGCCCUGAAAUCCAGGAGUGAAGCCUCCUUACUUUUAGAGUAUGAAGCCAGUAUUUCAGGAGGUGGUGCUCCACGGGGAUUUGCAAGCUCCAGGGACACUUUGGAGGCAGAGCUGCUCAAUUACAGUGAAAAUGUAGAAAAUGAGGAGUACCUUCCAGCUGUUGAUGUCUUGCAGGUGGAUAUGUUCACACUUGCUGAGCAGAUUAUCGAAGCUACACCAGAACGCAUCAAGCAGGAAGAUUUUGGGACUGUUGAAUCUCCACUGAGAGAGCGACAAGACAACAUGGCCAUCAACCAGACCAUGCCUUGGCUGGCCAGCUACUUGGAGACGGUUGAUCAGCUACCCAAUUUCUCACAGCACAGAUCUGUGUGUAGCGAGCCAAUGACCCCCCCUUCCCCUCACCUGUGUCUCAGCCCCGUUAACUCUCCUCUCAGUGACCUCACCUUCGAGAAGCUCGACACACCGACUGCAGCAGACUGGUCAGAAUUUCUCAAUGCUUCUGCCAAUGGGAAAAUGGAGAGCGAGUUUGCCCUGCUGACACUUUCUGACCAUGAGCAGCGAGAGUUGUAUGAGGCUGCCCGAAUAAUCCAGACAGCUUUCCGAAAGUAUAAGGGCCGGAGGUUAAAAGAGCAACAGGAGAUGGCUGCUGCUGUCAUUCAAAGGUGUUACCGAAAAUAUAAACAGCUAACAUGGAUAGCUCUAAAGUAUGCCCUAUAUAAGAAGAUGACACAAGCUGCUAUUCUAAUCCAGAGUAAGUUUCGUAGCUACUAUGAGCAGAAGAAAUUCCAACAGAGUCGGAGGGCAGCAGUUCUAAUUCAGCAGUACUACCGCAGUUACAAGGAAUAUGAGAGGCUUAAACAGAGUCAUCGGGGCACCUCCAGUAUGCAGCAGAAAAUAAAAGGGUCCUUCCUGACCAAGAAACAAGACCAGGCUGCCCGUAAGAUUAUGCGCUUCUUAAGACGCUGUCGGCACAGGAUAAAGGAGCUAAAGCAAAACAAAGAGCUUGAAAGUUUACAGAAGAGAAGCCUGGCCACUUAAAAGCCACACCAGCAUGUGAAUCACUAGGACUUCAUUUUUUUCUUUUUCCAGUUACUGUUUUAUUCUAUUUAUUGUUUUUUAUUUCCUCGAAGACUGUUUGUCUCCUCUUGAGAGAAGAAGCAGACUAAGCAGUGGACCAAGUAAUGGGACAGGGAAAAGAGGUGCACUUGGCUACUUCUGGCUCUUCAAGAUGGCAACGCUUUACAGAGGGUUUUACACCCAUUCUUUUGCAUUUCAGACUGUUUAAUACACAAAGCAAAGACAAUAAAAAAAAAGACUAUACUUUGACUACUCACCUUUGGAAUGUAAUGUGUGGCGGGGAAUGCCUUUUCCUUUUUUGUUUCCACUGGAACUUUGUUAGAGUCUUAAAAUUAAAGAGCACUAAUGCUCGUUUCUCCAGUCUGAAAACCUGCAUUCAUUGACCUUGUGUCCCUUCUACACCUGCUCCAUGGCAUGCCCACAGGGUGGCCCUGACUAAACUGUCGUACAGGUGCUACUCACUUAAGGCCAUGAAGAAGCUUUCCAAUUACCUUUAAUUGCAUAAGCAGACAUAUGAUGUAUUUGAAAUAUGCUGUUCAAUUUAAAGCGGGUUAAUAAUUUAGCUACAUACCAGACUGAUAUUUGUUCAAGGAAGGCAGCAGUGACAUUUAGUAUUGCCUGCAGUGUGAAGUAGAUUUUGAAAGAACAGAGAAACAUUCCCUGUAGGAAAGACUUCAGUGCUGAUUGUUCUGGCGUAAACUUUCAGGGUAAUGACUGAGUGCCUAAUGUGAUUUUUGAGCGGGGCAGGGAGAAGCAUUGAUUUUAUUUGGAAUAUAUGAGAUUACAUCUUAAAAAACAUCACUUUAAUCAUACUGGUCUGCUAUUUGAACUCCUGUGUUCUUGUCAGGUGCCAAUAUGUAAACUCAUCCCUAGGCUAUCUAAUGGGCUUUCCUACUGUUUUGGCACAUUUUAAAUAUAAUAAAUACAAACAUGCAUAAGUAGGAAGAGCGGGUUUCACUCCAGUGCAUGGACAAUGUUACUGAAGUCAAGGGGUUUGUACUCAGUAAUGAUUUUGGCUUUACCUUUUGGCUUUUUUGUUACAUUUUUACAUUUACUAAAGACACUAUACUCCAUAUUUCCAUCUUAUAAACAUCAGAUUUGAGAUCACCUUUUUGAUGCUUAAAAAGAUCCUUUUGUACUGGUAAAUGAUAACCUGUGUCUGUUAAUACAGGUCAACCAUUGUCUAUGUGGUGCCAUAUUCAGAGUCUGCUUUUGACAAGCAUAACUGCUACAAGUUAACAUGAAUCAGAAUGUCAGUCUUCACUGAGUCUGAUUAUGAGGCUUAUGACUUUUAGCUUUCUGAAAUCUGAUCUUGUCUAAUUUCAUUGCAAAAACUGCUGUUAGCUCCUGAUCAUUGUAGCUAUCAGAGGUUUUGCAGGUUUACAACCUUGUGAGACUUUCGGUAUUAUGUAAUUCACUUUGAUUAAGAAUUUGUUUUUAGUAAGCAAGAUAUGUUGCAUCACACACUAAACUUUUCGAAUACUACCUUUUAACUUUUUUGAAAUUGUCUAUUUUCCAAAUUGCUUUGCAACACUGAAGAAAAUGAUUUUCAAAAUAGGACAAUAUCAAGUCUGAAUAAGGCCAAUGUACCCCAUACAUUAUCUGUCUGAGCUGUGCUCUACUGGGUAAAUGUCUAGGAGGGUUAUACUGUAUGCCCAACUUGUUUUAAGCCCUAACCCAGUUAAGCUUAGAGCCUUUCCACGUGAAGAAUCAAGUAACCAUAUUAUUGUUAAUUUACUGAGCUCCAUUCAUCUAUGGCAUAAGUGGUGAGCUCAUAUACAGCAAAAUCUUGUAAUAAAUACAUAUGCUACAAAACAGUAAACAAUUAGACAAUCACACCAUUGUAAGUUAAAAAAAAAUACAAAAACUUAGUAUGGGGAACAUAUGUAUGGUAAAAUAAAAAUAAAGACAAUCAUGUCAAUAUAUACAAAGUUAGUGAAGUACCACAGAUAAUGAAAAUAUUACGAAUAACGACAGACAUCACCAAAACAAAAGUGAGAAUGCUAAGAUGAGAAUUUAAAAACAAGGAGAAUAUAUCUAUUUUUUCUGGGUUGAUAUGGAUGAAGCCUCAUGGUUUGAAACUAGGAGAAGCCAUAGCACAGGGAGCCACAGGGUUGAAUGAACCUCGUUGAGUGUGGAGAGAACCUUAACUUCAGAUUAGCUUUAGGUCUCACAUCCAAGGAUCAGAUAUGGCAAUAGAGCACAGGAGAUCAGCAGUGCAGGCCAGUGAGUGGAGCUGCUGUACUUAAAGUGCUUUCUAGCUCAGUAGCAAGUAGCAGAAGAUCCUUGCAUAUUUAAUUUACAGCACUAGCUAUUACAGAACACCUUGCCAAAAAAAAAUAAAAGGCUAAUCCAAGUAACUGAUGAGUGCGUCCUCCACCCACACGCGAGCACUUUAAGAGCCCCGCCUCGCAGUUUGUAAAUAAUAAUUCUGUAAUGCUCUUGUAAAUGGACAUGGUAGAAGGCUGUAGAAAUGGUAGCUGGUAGAUUUCAAAGAACCCGUAGAAAUUGUUUAGGUUUGUACAAAGACAGGGCCUGAAUAAAUAUGCAGCACAAUGUAAAUAUUGUAAUAAUAAGAAAAAAACUAAAGGAAAUUAUAGCUGAUGAUAUAUUUAAGGUAAAAUAAUAAUGCAAGGUUACUGAAAACUGAGAAAAUAUUAUUGCUGUUAUUAAAAUGCAUGUACUUAUACAAAGGAAUGUUGUGUGUUCUGAUAUUUUAAAUUAAAUGACACUACUUCUGUUUACUAUUUAUAUAUGUUUGCAUGAGUUUGUAAAAGUUUGCAUUGAAGUAAUAACAAUAACACUAAAUGCCACAAGGAAACACUAACAAUAAUGAUGUUAUGUUGUAUAUGCACUUUUUAUUUUUUUUUUAAAGCUUUAUUUCUUUGGGGGUGGGGGGGGGGUUCCAAUGCCUUUGUUUCAGUUGCUACUAGUAAUAUGUUUAAUAAUAAAAAAAAUAUUCAGCA